AUGCAUGUGCACCCGCAUGUUGCCAUCUCCGGGGUUGCAAAGGAGGUUUCAAUCCCGCUGAUCGCGCUGCUACUUGGAGCGCUGAGUCGCCCAGUGCCGCAGCUGCGAACUGCCUCACUGCUGAUGAUCUACUUCGGCGCCCAAACAGGCAUUAUGCUGCUUGCGAAGAGCAUCAUCUCCAGCGCCAUUGUGUCGCAUGAGCUGGAUUUGCAUGGACUUCCAGCCGCCUUUCUUAUGACAGCUGUGCAUCAAGUCACCACCUUCGCCCUUUUCGGCGGCGCCUUCUUCGUCUCCCGGUUCACGCCGUGGCCGCAUAUCCCGCAGCCCUUGACGAGCUGGCUGGAGGUUCGGCUGAUCCUGGCGUUCUCCGCGUCCUUCGCAGCCAACAUCGGUCUCAACAACUUUAGCUUCCAGUUUCUGCCACUGUCGCUGAACCUGGUCAUCCGAUCUUGCCUUCCCAUCGCCACAGCCUUUGUGCAAGCUUUGCGGCCGCACAAAGGCUCUGAACCUGUGAAAGGUACUACCUUACAGGAGCUCAUGUACAUGGUGCUGGGCGUGAUUUGUGCGGUGGUGGGCGUAGUGGCGCAAACCAAAGCGGUGGCCAAGGCCGGUGGCGAACACCUGGUCCCCAGGAACAUGGGCCUGGGCGUGCUGCGCUCGGAUUGGUCUUUCGUUGGCUUUCGGCUGGCCAUGGGUCCGGGGUCCUUUGGAAUCGGAGGCACAGGGCGGCACAAGAGUCCUGAGAAUUCAUUCGUUUGGCGCCAGGUGCCGGGUGCCAACCUCAACUUGGGCGUCAUGCGGAUUUGCUUAGCCAUCCUGGGGGUCUGUGGGCCUGGCAGCUGGACGUCGGGCGCCUUGGAGCAGGCCGUGCUAGACACCCUUAAAGUCCAGUCCUCUUGGCCCACAGAGGGUGAGGCCCUCGCAGAGUUGCUGCGGGUCUGCCAGCAUGUCCUUGGCAAGGGGCUACAGGCGGAGGACUUUGAGCUUCAGAGCGCAGCUCUUGUGAGAACAAGCAAUGGCAAGACGGUUCCUGCAGCCCUGAUUACAAACGGAUAUCGGGUUUCACAGGCCAGCCCGGAAAACUUGCUUUUUGUGCCCCUGAAUCAGCUCAGCCCGCCAGUGCUCGCUGGAGAGCACUUCCUACACUUGCGAUAUGAUGGGGUGCGCUUGCUGCCUUCUGGGAAGUACUUGGCUGUUGACAAGUGCGGCUGCUGUGCGCAAUUCUUCGGCAAGCCGCUAUUGCAAUGCAAGCUGUGGAUUGUUCAGUUUGGAGAGCCAACACUGCCCAGGGAGGCGAAGCAGCUGCAGCUGGAUUUCCCGGGCGCAACCAGCAAGUACAUUCUCAAUGACGAUGUGCAAGACACUAUGGCCAGGUUGCAAGACCUAGUGGGCCCCGCAGACAGGCUGCACCAUAUGCAGCGCGGCAUGACAAUUCAGAAUGGCCACAUCCCCUCUCUCACACUCCUGCUGGCUGCAGCGCGAGAGACCUGA